AUGGAUCAGCGAUCCACUAGUCUCAAUGAAGAUGAAGCCAGUGAAACAAUACUUGAAAUGGUGGUUGGGAUCACGGUGCGUUACACAAUCGACUCAGCCAUCGAGGAUGAAGCAGGAUCACGAGCCGAGCCGAUUACCAUCAACAUCAACGAAAUAAUCAAAAAUGAAAACGAUGGUUCGGUAGUGGAACGAAACUUUCAAUUGGAUACUGCAGAAGCAAGUCAGGAGGGAGGAAAAAAUACCGACUUUGAAGUGGAAAUGCCCUCUGGAGAGACAAUGCAUACCAGAAUCAACGUGAAGACCAUAGGAGGGACAACGGCUGGACAACUCCCGAGAAUAGAAUAUGGCACUGAAAAUAAAGCACUGCCUAACGGAGAACAGCUUGCACUAGCACUGGAACAACCAUCAUUAUGGGAUUAUAUACUUUCGUGGAUAACUUCCAUUAGGGACCGAAUAUGGGGUAUGGUCUCUUCUAUUUUUGGUUCCUCGUGA